GUCCGCGGCAGAAACAGAAGAGUUGACAGCGACCAGUAGCAUCGCAGCGUGCGUCGAACGCAUCGCCUACUCCGACCGGACCGUCAAAACAUCGCGGGCGUAAAACAGCCGCGCAGCGCGUCGCCGGUAACUGCCAGAUCGUGAAAAGCGCAUAAAAGCUCAAAACCGUGCGAGAACCAUAAAAAGAAAAGGUUGUGUUUCAGAGAUACACGAUCGUGCGACAGCAAUAGAAAAUUCGACAUUAAGAAAACAAUUGGAGAUCGUGCAGAAACAAUACAGGAUCGUGGCCUAUUGAGCAGUCUGAGAUUCGUUGCAUUUUCCGUUGAUAUGAAUUUAACUUGACCGCCGAGCAAAUAAAAAAUUGAAGUCAUAAACUCAUAAAAGCUGGGAGUUUGAUUAUCUCGGCGAGGGAGACGUGAGACAACUUCGACAGUAUCUUAUUUGAAAUUUAUAAAAACUAGGGAGGCAAAUAUUGUCACUGCGUAUGCUUGUUUGGACUCUUGAUUCCGUAAUUCUAGUCAUUUUGAAGGUGCAGAUACUAUAGUGAGAUGAUUAUUCCAGUGCUAUGGAUGCUAGUGGCUGUAUCCGUUGCUGAUCAAGCAGUCGUCAGAAACCUGAUGGGUGAACCAGACUAUCGACAGGUGCGUCUGCAUUGGGAAGUGGACGGUGAAGCGCUGCCCAAAAAUGGAUUUACGGUACGAUUCUGCGAGCUUCAGACUUGGGGCGCUCAGAGGUGCAGAAACCAAAGUGUCAAACAAACCGUUGCGGAGCAGAACUCGGUAGAUAAGGAUGAAGAUUUUAAAGUAUUCAGUGCUGAUAUCAAAGGACUACGAAUGGCGACAACUUACUCUUUUGAAGUGAAGCCAGUUAAAGAAGAAAAGGGUGAAAGGACAGAUAGGGCUGAAGGAGAUGAUAUGAAUCAGAAUAUGAUCGUUAUUCCUACUAAGGGCUUCUCAGCGAAGGCCACCCAGUGUCUUCCUGAGGCCAGCGAGAUAUCUGUCUCAACGGGCCCUUACUUUGGAGGCAGGAUAGCAGUGGAAGCAGCGGAUGGUGAGAGGUGUGCAGUUGACGGGGAACCUGGAAGCCUGAAGGACACGUACACGCUCAGGAUCAACCAUGCCGAGUGCGGAAGCCAAGUGAACGAGACCACGGUUGCUACGUUUGUUCUGGUUCAGGAGAACUUGCCAAUUUUGACGCAUAGCACCAGAAGAUUCCUAGUCCUCUGUUCCUACCAACCAGAAACGCUGACGGUGCGAGCCGGGAUAAGUUUGCCUACAAAUACGAAUUCGUCACGUCAUCAUGGCAAAGUUCAAGCGCAGAUAUCUCCGUAUGAGGGAGAAGAUAAUUUUGUUACCAGGAGAUCAAGGACGGGAAGGGUGCUGCAGAAACCAGAAGCAUUAGUGAAAGAGAGAACGCCAGCGGAUGAAGAACCGGGAAGUGACUACAAGAGUAACAUAGUACCAAUUUUUGUAAUCACCAUGCUCGCUAUAGCAGCGGUAAUUGGUAUAGUGGCUAUCGCUCUCAAAAUAGCUGGGAAAAAACUGACAGACGAAUUGGAUGACGUAUCCAUUGCGUCAGACCUAUCGACUACCAGUUAUAGCACAGUAUCAGAAAUUGAGGUAACCAAUGAGAAGCAAAGUGAGAGUAGCGGAAAUAAGAUGUAGAUAACGAAAUUGUACUUAUUUAAGAAUUAGUAAGGAUAUCAAUUUUUUGGGUUCUGAAGCUAUCAGCUCUACUUAAUAGUAUUUCAGUAUGUAAGCGUUUUUUGUUAUAAGACACGACAUUACCGAAUGCAACGAUCCAAACAGCUAAAGUUUUCUUUUUAUUGUUGUCUUUGUUAUAUGUCGAAAAUAUUCGGUAAUUCAUGUCAAGCAACUAAAUAUUCAAUUAUCCCUCGUUAUCAUGUUUAGCGUAAGCUGAAAUACUAAAGUAUAGUAUCAGUAUUCUUUGACAUAUGCUAAAUGAGUAGUCAUAUUAUAGCGUUUUCAGAAUCCUUAGACUUUUACGAGGGUUAAGGGCAACAUUUUGCAAAUAUGCUUGGUGUUCCUAAUUCGACGUUCACCAUUGGAAUCCCGAAAACGGUGAUACGUACGAGCUAUAGGGCGAAGUGAUGAAUUUAAGUUACUAAAAAAUGGAAUGUUAUACGUUCAGAAGUUCUGAAAUAUAGACGGAGACCCGCACGGGUAUUCCGUAUCUUGAAAAGUGACAUUUUGUCGUUUUUUGACGUUUUUUUUUUCACAUAUUACCCUGCUGUAUUUAUUAAUUUCUUACGUCAAGAAAUCAGUAAUAGAAACUAUGUCCAGUUCAUAAAAACUGAAUUCAUGCUCAGCUGAUGAUCUGAACGGACGUUCAUAUAUUUAAUAUUUUUUAAGAUAAUUGUAUGGGGUUGGCCAAAACGGACGCAGGAAAGUAAACGCAUAUUAAAACAAGAAAGAUUGAUAUUCAAAUCAAGUUGGGUACUUUAUUUUGAAGGUUAAUUUAUACCAUUUAUGUAUGAAAAAUAAUAUCGCUCAAAUGUUCACCAUGACUGGAUUUACAGACAUCCACGCGAUGGUCGAAAUUUUCAAUGACAUUUUGCAACAUGGUCGGUUCUAUGGCAUUUAUCUCGGCAAUGAUGUUGUUUUUGAGUUCUUGGAGGGUGGCUGGUUUGUUGACGUAGACUUUGCUUUUCAAAUAUCCCCAUAAAAAGAAGUCCAAGGGAGUCAAAUCGCACGAUCUUGGUGGCCAUGGCACAUUUCCUUUGCGCGAAAUCACGCGAUCACCGAAGAAGGACUGCAAUCGAUGGAUAUUGACGUUGGUUGUGUGGCAUGUUGCACCGUCUUGUUGGAAAUAAACAUCGUCCAUAUCCAUUCCUUCAAGUUGCGGCAAAAAAUAGUCCUCUAUCAUCACGUGAUAUCGCUCAGAAUUGACGGUAACGGCGUCCCCGGCCGCAUUUUCGAAAAAGUAAGGUCCGAUGAUGCCUUUUGACCACAAUGCACACCACACAGUCACUUUUUGAGGAUGCAUCGGCUGCUCUUGAUACUCACGGGGAUUUUCGUUCGCCCAGAUGCGGCAGUUUUGCUUGUUUACCGUCCUAUUCAAAGUGAAAUGCGCUUCGUCGCUGAACAUGAUUUUUGAUGAAAUAUUGGCAUCAAUUUGGUGAUGUUCAAGGAGCCAAUCUGAGAACGUUCGGCAGGAAAAAUGGUCGG